UCCCCUCCCCCUCCCCCUCCUCAUCUCUCGCUCGCCCUAAUUCGCCCCAUCGCACGCGAUUCGCGAUCUCGAACCCGAAGAUUCCCCUUCCCCCCCCCCCUCUCCCUGGAUCCGCGACGAACCCUAAUAAUCCGGGUAGGGGCGCCCAAUUUCUACGCGGCCGGAUCGAAUCACGGCAUAAAGAUUAGAGCAAGGGAGAUUGAAGCAUCAGAAAUUCUUUGAUUAGUGUUGUUUCCUCAAAGAUUGAUAAGAUGAGAAUUCGGUGCUGGUUCCGGUGAGAUGAGGGAUGUUUGCAGAAUUUAUGAAUUUUCUGAGGGCCUGUUGGCAGCAGCAGCCGUCCGAUGCCAGCGUGGGAUCCGACGCCGUCGGGAAGCAGGACGGGCUCCUGUGGUAUAAGGACUGCGGGUGGCACGUCAAUGGGGAGUUCUCAAUGGCCGUGGUCCAAGCCAACAGCUUGCUCGAGGACCAGUGCCAGAUCGAGUCGGGCUCGCUGAGCUCGCUCGAGUCCGGCCCAUAUGGGACCUUCGUCGGGGUGUACGACGGGCAUGGCGGCCCAGAGACGUCUCGGUAUAUCAACGAUCAUCUCUUCCAGCAUCUUAAGACAGGAUUUUCAUCAGAACAACACUCCAUGUCAGCCGAUGUCUUACGGAAAGCGUAUCAAGCAACCGAGGAGGGCUUCUUCUCUCUCGUGACCAAACAAUGGCCUAUGAAACCUCAGAUCGCGGCAGUUGGGUCAUGCUGUCUCGUUGGUGUAAUCUGUGGCGGUAUGUUAUAUGUAGCUAAUGUGGGGGACUCUCGUGUUGUUCUAGGAAAACACGUAAAAGCCACAGGAGAAGUCUUAGCCGUCCAGCUGUCGGCGGAGCAUAAUGCGGGAAUCGAGUCUGUGAGAAAAGAGUUGCAGUCGACGCACCCUGAAGAUUCGCAGAUUGUUGUACUAAAGCACAAUGUUUGGCGUGUGAAGGGCCUCAUUCAGGUUUCUAGGUCAAUCGGUGAUGCAUACCUGAAAAGGUCGGAAUUCAACAGAGAACCCUUGUAUGCAAAAUUCCGCCUUCGUGAACCAUUCAAAAAACCUAUACUAAGUUCGGAACCAUCUAUUUCCGUGCAACCACUACAGCCACACGACCAAUUUCUCAUAUUUGCAUCUGAUGGGCUUUGGGAGCACCUGAGCAACCAAGAGGCUGUUGACAUUGUCCAUAGCAAUCCUCGAAAUGGAUCAGAACCCACUUAUGCACUACAGGACGGAUAAUAAAGUUGGUGAAGUAUGUUCUGCAAUUGGAAGGAAGAAGCUCUAUAUUUUAGGUGUAGUAGCAUACACUAUCAAUUUAGGCAUGGAUUUAGAUAAUCUUUUUUUCUGUGUGAAUGGCAACAGAACCUGAAUUAAUCUCAUGAAUUGUUAAGAAGUUCGAGAUUCCUCGUACCAACCUCUUUCAUGCAAACUUUCUCUGAUUUGAUAAAUUAAAACAUCUGAGCACCAUUUAACUCAUUGCACUCUACUCAGCAAUAAAAUCUCUCUCCUUAAUGUCCAUCUGAUUCAGCUAGGUUUGAGAUUCAUCAGGAUGUAGAUGUAGAUCGAAAUAAUGUCUAAAAUCCAUCCAAAUAUAUGGAUUGUAGAAUAUUACAGUAUAGCGUAAUAUUUAAUCAAUGCUGUUUCCUAAGUCUCUUAUUCAUUUUUUCCAUUUUCUUUGUGUAGUAUAGUGUUAUUUCGGAUUAUGUUUAUUUUUAGCGUAAACAAUUAUGAAUGUAGCCGAUAUUCGAUUUGAAUCCAUAUUUGUAUUAAGGAAAUGUGAUUUGCAGUAGUAUUAUCCGUUUAAUGCCCGUGUCAGUAUCUGCAUUCGGUAUCAGAGGGAAAAUGUGGAGACGGUAUGAGUUGGCUGCUAUCUGAUCUGUAUCCGAUUCAUUUUCACCCUUACUCAAACUUGAUAUAAAAUAAAGAUUUUCACCAAUCACAUGUGCCAAAAAUAACC